GUCAGUCAGACAUCAGACAGACAGACACAGAACACUCCAUUGUUCCAGGAUCAUCUUCAUCAAACCCAUCAUCAUCACCAAGAGAUUGUGAUUGAUACAGUAUGUCAGGCACACAGACCACUCUGGUUGCCCUGCUGUGGCUGUGGGGAGUGUGGCUUUCCCCUGUCCUGUCCUCGUGCACCACGGGCCGGCCAGCAGAGUGCAAGGCUGCCCUGUCAGCUCCCGGUACCAAUCUGGCUGGCGAGGGUUUCGACAUCGUCACCAUGGAACGCAAGCAGGCCUAUGUCAUCGACGUGGACAACUGGAGGAAGACUGAUAACGGGACCUGUACACUCUGUGUUAACCCUUUCAUGGAAGGCCAGACUCAGAGGCUGCCUGUGGCUGUGGUGGACUGGCGUCCCAUGCAGAAGUGCCACAUGAAGUUAGCCAGCAUGGUCUACGACUCCAGCGAGGCGUUUGUGAGCAGCAGCCAGACAGAGGUAGAUGUCAGUUGGAAGAUUGGUCUGGACAUUGUGACCCCCCAGGCUAAGGGGUCGGUCAUGGUGGGGGGUACCCACUCCAAAGCUGCCAUGACUGUCAUGAGCCAGUCGAAGAAGGACAAGUACAGCUUCAUCAAACAGGAUAUACACUGCUCUUAUUACAGUUACCGCCUGCUAGAGGACCCUCCCCUGCACCCUGAGUUCUCUCGCUCCCUGAACCUCCUGCCCCCCCUUUACACCACCCAGACCAAGGUUGACUACAGACAUUUUCUUGGCAAUUUUGGCACCCACUUCAUCAAGAAGGUUCACCUGGGGGGGCGGGUGAAGAGCGUGACCUCCCUGCGCGUGUGUCAGGCAUCCCUGAGUGGCUACAACGAGAACGAGGUCAAGGACUGCCUUGAGGUCGAGGCCUCCGUCGCCACCCAUACCGGAUCAGCCGAAUUGAAGCCAGAGGCCAAGUUCUGCAAGACGGACCUUAAGAAACGUGACACCAAGGACAGCUUCAGCAGCACCUUCCACGAGAGGUUUACCGAGGUGGUGGGGGGACAGACGGACGGGACGACCGACCUGCUCUUCUCCAAAACGGGUGGAAACGCCAAGGCCUUCGCUGAUUGGGCGAGCAGCCUGAAGACCAUCCCUGACGUCAUCAACUACUCCCUCAACCCCCUCCACUUAUUGGUGAAGCAUGCCAAGAAGAGGGCGGGGCUGAAGAAGGCUGUGGAGGACUACAUCCUGGAACACUCUCUUGUCAAGCACUGCUCUGGGAAGUGCAAGGGAGGCUCCAGAUCCAGUGCCCACGACUCAUGCGAGUGUGUGUGCCAGCCCAGCAAGGAGAUGACCAGCCAGUGCUGCCCGCAGGAGAAGGGCCUGGCCCACCUUACAGUCACCGUGAAGAAAGCCACUGGCCUCUGGGGGGACGUCUUCUCCGAGACCGACGGCUUCGUCAAGGUGUUCAUGGACAAAAACGGCAAGCAGACCAAUGUCAUCUACAACAACAACAACCCCGCCUGGAACAAAGACUUCGACUUCGGUACCGUCAAACUCUCCCUGGCCAGCGAGCUAAAGUUUGCUGUAUACGAUGAAGACAAACACUGGUACAAGUGGUCAAACGACCUCCUGGGGGAGUGCAUUAUCCGGCCCAUUAAUGUGGGGUUUCAAAAGGACAUGUGUCCCAUGAAUCAUGGCAGCCUGUACUACUCCUACAAGGUUGACUGUACCCCAGGACUUGGGGGCUCCACCUGUGGGGAGUAUGUCCCCUCUGGGAUGAACUCUGACCUCUCUGACCUCUACACCUCCCGCAACGCCCUCAACAUGACCCAGGAUCUGCUGGCUCACAUCCGGAUGGGCCGGCCCCUAGGAGACCCCCUGGCUUUCGUGGAUAAGCAGAAGGCUAAUGGUCACCCUUACGGAAAAAAACACAAAUAAUGGUCAUCCUCGUCUCCCUGCUGUCAGUGAGCUGUGAUCAAAACCGCUAUGCUAUGCACUAUAAAACCUUAGCCUGGCCUAUUUAACCUAUAGGCAUACCAUUUCUAACCUAUUGUUCUGAACCAGAAAGCACUUUACUUUGGUAAAAAAAUAAGAAAAUCAUCAACAAAAACAUCCAAAGUACUGUAUAUCCUAUGUAUUUCUGAAGGUAAUGGUUUAUUUUGAUUUUAGUAUGUUUAUUUGACAGGGACCAUGCACAAUUACAACAUGAAAUAUCAUUCAUUAAACUUGACCUUUAUGUUUUCAUUCUCUCAUGACUGUGCCAUGUUGUUUGUGCUACCGCUGCAAUAAAAGCAACUUGAUUUGAAAUAUUCA